AUGCAUAUUCCUACCAUCGGUCAAGUUGCCACAAUCGGCCUGGUUUUCAUUGCGGCUACUGCUCUUGCUGCACCCAUCGUUGAGCCGCUCGAGACCGAUAUCGUUGAGCGCUCUGCCGACCUUGCUGCCCGCGGCGAGGGCAUCUUGGCUAUUGCCAACUCUGCCCAUGCCCCCGAGCAACGCACGAGCAAGAAGAAUUGCAGGCGCAACAAGAAGGGAAAAUGUAUCGAUUCCGACUCCGGCGAUGACAAGAAGAACAAGGACAAGAAGAAGUGCAAGCGCAACAAGAAGGGCAAUUGCGUUGACUCGGAUGACGACAAGAACAAUGGCGACAAGAACAAUAAGAAGUGCAAGCGCAACAAGAAGGGCAAUUGCGUUGACUCGGAUGGCGACAAGAACAAUGGCGACAAGAUCAACGGCGGCGGUCAAUAUCCCCGUGAGGUUGCUGCUGAUUUCAACCUCGAGUAAACGGGUACUAGUGAACCUUUCAACCUUCGCCUUUCGGCCAAGUAUUCCGCAAGGGAUUUACUUGUCGACUUCGAAAUUGGUGGCUAGUCCUUUUGAGACGAUGAGUUUGAACAAGAUAUGAGCUGUGUUCCAUAUCGCAACAGUUCUCACUACACAGGUCUGCGGUUUCAUCCCUAUUUGCGAUGAGUUGGCACUUGGAUAUUACCUUUCGCCUGU